GGCUUUGACGGCGUCUAAACGACGGCUGCACCGUUGCCAUAUGCCUUUAAACCGCCCCACCAGGUGUUCCACGUUUAGGUAGUUCACAUUGUUUGCCCAUUUUUCCUUUUACUGCAAACAGAAAGGUUACCAUCGGUCUCGGAAGCGGACGUUGAACAAACAAUACACGAAUGCAAAUUUUUGUUUUCAUGAAAGUGCCAUUUUAAUUAGUUGAAAGUUGCCGCCUAACGCUCAUCGAAUCCGAUUGGUCGACGGCCACGGUGAAGAUAAACGCGUAAGAGAGAUAGCGAAUACAAAUACUUCUGGGAUUGAAGAGGGAGCAGUGGGCAAAUAAGAACGAGGCUUAAGUCAGUGACUUCUCCCUGCUACUGGAGCUAGAGCACCCGCGCCACAGAAAACGGAAAGUGGGUACCAGAGUUUUGUGUUGUAAACGCCAUAAGUGAAUGCGAGAAUGGCAUUAUCAGUGCUACGUGGUGCGAUACGUUCACUGAAGAUUUUGGAGCGAAACUGCCCCAAAUACGCAGCGAGUGCCGUUAAUUCGACUAGAAAUGUUGCGUCCGUUCCAAAACGCCACCUGCUCGAUCCACGGGCCAGUUUCAUAAGCGUCAGAGAUUACGGCAAACAUGUCAAAAAGACAGAGGCGAAGAAGAAAGAAUAUUCGUCCUCCGAGAGCGAGUAUCAGUCGAGCUCCGAGAGCGACAACGAAAAUUUGGGCCAUAGAGGCGAAUCGGACUUUUGGCGCCGGAAGAUGCGCACAUUCCAUGGAAUUUUAGAUGUAAAUAACGACGGGGUGAUAUCCUAUGACGAUUUCAAACUUUUAGCCGAUAGGUUUGUGCAAUUGGGACAUCUUAGUGAUAAAAUUAAGAACGAGUUUCACGAACACAUUAAGGAUUUGUGGGAGAACCUCUGGGGGGAGAUUACGCCAUAUAAUUUAGUUACAGUUGAAAGGUAUUUAGAAGAUAUGCACCACGUUCUGAAUGACAAGGCGCUGAAGAAGAAGGUGCACGGAUUUCUGCCAUUUUUAUUUCGAGCCAUCGACAAAGACAACAAUGGGAAAAUUACGGUGGAAGAUUUCAAACUGUUCUUCGAGUGCUUGGGACUGAAGGAGGUGGACGCUGUAUUCUCAUUCAGAACAAUUGAUUCGAAUGGAGAUGGAAAGCUGACUCGCAAAGAGUUCAUCUCGCACGGGAGACAAUUCUUUUUGACUGAAGAUACAGAGUGCAUUAGUAAAUACUUUUGGGGACCAUUGGUUGAUCACUAGUUAUUGUGUAGGUGUACACUCACAGUUAGUCAAGUGUCUGUACUUUUGAAUCAAAGUAAUUAAGGCUAUUAUUUUACCUAAUUUUUAAUUGGCUGUUGCCCUAGUUUUUAAUUGGCGUUUUCUGCCAUGUUUUUAUAUAGUUGUAAGUUUUAUACCGCAAACUAGUAAACCUUUAUACAAUCCCA